UGAUUUUGGCCAUUUCGCUUUCCCUUUUUCAGCGUUCGGCGUUACACUUCCUCCCUCCUCUCGAUUCAGCUCUGCAUUUUUCUUUCCUUUCCUCGCUGUUUCUUCCCCGACUGAUUCACCACGAAAUCUUACUUGGGUCGCCCCCAAUUUCACGUUUUUCCCCGUCUCCCAUCCUCUAGGGUUCUUGCAAUUCGCCAAGCAAACGCUUUUCCUCAUCUGGGUAACUCCCAGAUCUCUGUCUCCGAUCUUGCGUCGUUCUUGAUUUCUUCCCACGAUUUUUGAUUUCUGGGCAAUCAGAUGUCGGGAGGCUACGCAAUCGAGCUGUACUUCGACCCGGCGCUCGAGAACCAGGUCCUGAAAGCUUGGAACGUCUUCGCCCGCCGACAAAUCAGCACGAAACUGAUCGACACCGAGUCUCGCCCUCACAUAACCCUCUUCUCGACCGCCGUCGUCGAUUCAUCGAAGCUCGAAUCCGUCAUCAAGGUCUUCGCUUCGAAGCAGGAACCCCUCUCGCUCUCGUUCUCCUCCAUCGGCAGCUUCCCUUGCGACAACAACGUGCUGUUCCUCUCGCCGACACCGUCUCUUUCGCUGCUUCAGUUGCAGGCUCAGCUAUGCGACGCGAUGAGGAAAGAAGGUGUCGAGAUUAGCGAGGAAUAUCGCGCCGAUUCAUGGAUUCCAUUCUGUCCCGUGGCUCUGGAAGUGCCGAAGACGCGAAUGGCGGAGGCAUUCUCGGUGUUGAGGGAUUUGAAGCUCCCCGUCAAUGGGUACAGCAUGGAAAUUGGUCUGGUUGAGUUGUCUCCUGUUCGUGAAGUCUUCUCGUUUGCUCUCGGUAACACUUUGGAGUCUUGAUGAUUUAGCUGUUUGUUUCCAAAUCUUGACGAAAUAGAUAGUGUUCACUUGUAUUCAGAUUGAUUGAUGGUUGGUGUUAAUUCUCCCGGUAGAAUGUUCUUGCUACUAUGCAACGAUGGAUUUCUAAGGAAUAGUUGAAGAAUUGCAUAUUGAUCCAUAUCCAUAUCUUUCUGUUCAAGAUUUCUCGAGGUAAUUAUUCUUUGGGGAAAGAUAAGAACUCGGAUCUUGUUGUGUGGUGAGACUGAGCAUUCUUAGCAAUAUAGCAUGUCUGCUAGUGUGCUAAGUAGCAGUGCCUUUGAGGAAUGUAUCUUCAUCACCGAGGUUUUCUCGGUAUAUUGGUGAAGUAUUGUAGAGUUCAUUUGCAGCCUAUUGUCCGUAAGUUUUCUCUUUGCCGGUUUAGCUUGUUCGAAGUCUUUGAUGGAGUGAACUUAUUGGGCACAGAAUGUAAAGAUAUUGUAAUUGAAGUCAUCUGCCUUCUUUCAAA